UAAGAUAUGUUAGCUUUUUAUAAUGGCUAUUAGUUUUAAUUACAAUUACCCUAAAGUAGCGCGCGAAGCAGGUUUCAAACUGCGCCAAUACAAAGAUGGACCCAUCGACUGGCACAUCUUAGGCUCGAUUGAAAUAGAUCGCCUUCUGCAGGAUCAACGAAUCGAUCAGGUGGACGGAUUAUUGAGCCACCUCUCCGAAGCACCAUUGGCCGCAAUGUUGGACACCAACAUUUUGGACAGCGGCAUCGCCAAGUAUUUCGUAGUCUCGCAGUUCGCCAUACAGUAUCUGUUGUUCUGUCGUAAAUUCCUCGAUGAAACUAUACGCGAGCUGCGCGAAGCACACGCCAACUCGCAAAUGGAUGUCGCCAAAUUGCGUAAAUCGCUAGCCGAGGCGAAUAAUGAGAUUCUACAGCUGCACAAGAAGAUCACACAAAUCGAGGCCAUACACGAGGUGGUAUAUCCAUGCCAUCUGUGCACGAAGAGCUUCAUCAGUAAUGAGGCGCUAAAUAUACACAUUAGCCGGCGGCAUGCAGCGCGCGUGGCAGUCAAUGCGCCAAAUAUAGGGGCUACCGUUGCCGCUAGUGGCAACGCCGCGGCUGAUCGUCGCACCGAAACGCCGGCCAGCGCUGCCACAAGGGAGCGCGAGCAUAACGAUUUACAGUUGAUCAACGCCGUCAAGUUGGAGCUGGAGAUAAAGCAGUUAAAGGAGCGCCUUAACAACGCAGAACGCGACAUACGCGAACGCAGCGGGGCGGCGCCGUCGCAUAGCAGACGCGCCACGCCACGCGAACCGCCAAAAUCGAUGAAGAGCGUCGCUAUUCAAAGCGAAUUGCUCGAGACAAAGGAGCAGGAUGAUGGUGCCGAUGCCACCUUGAACAGCGUGAGCACUGAUAGCAGCGAGGUGAGGGAACGCAGAGCACAACUUGGUAAGCUGCAGGCCAAAAUACAAGAAUUCGAGGCGUGGCGCGAAUCGCAGCAGGCCAAUAAUGAGGAGUCCAUAGCGGAGAUAAAUCGGAAACUUGGAGAAAUUGUGCAUACAUUGGAGGAAGCGAAAACAACAACAACAACGGCGUUUUCUGUGCCAGUCACUGGCAUCACGAGUGUCGAACCACGAGGUGAUGAUAGAUCAGAGCGGAGGGCAGCAGAUGACAGCGUUGAUGCAGUAGCAGCGGCACUGCAAAGACGCGGCUCACCCUCGGUGGAAGAUCUUGAGCGACUAUUAACUGAGAAAGUUGUUGAAAUCGGUCAAAAAAGCGCCGAAAAACUUGAGGAAUUCGUGCACAAUAUGGAAGUGAACUAUAAGGAGAAACUGGAAGAGCUUGAACGUGAGAUAAAGAAGCGCAAUGCUGCAGAGCUUGUCACGCCUGUAGAAGCCGUCGAUAUAGUAACUAGUGUAAAAAAAGCUUCAGCUUUAAAGGAUUCUACGCGGGACAUUACCUACACUACAUUUAAUCGUACGGAGAGCGAUUCUAGCGUAAGCGCCGGACCGAGACCUGAACCGGCAAAGCGCAUGCCUCGCAUUAAACGCAGUUCAACCUUGUUGGCAGAGCCUAUUGCGAUUCAAAAAACGCAACGAGACGCUGAUGAGACAUAUGUCAUUAACGGUAAUGAGGACAGACAAGAUUCAACUGCUGUGAAACCAAAGCCGCGUGUUCGCAAAAUUAAAAGUGUAGAAUCGUCUGCGUCGAAUAAAAAGAAUACGCAAGGAGAGGAGUUAUAUUCGCAGAGCACUGAAAGUAACAGAACAUUUGUCAAAGCGGAGAAGCUUCAUGACGUUGCAGUGAGGAGGAAAGAAUCUGGAACCGCUGCAACCGGAAAUGACAGCACGGACAUAACACAGACCUUAAGCACCGAAAGCGAAAGUGAUGGCAGUAGCAGCAAAUCAGAGGUAGAACCAACUCCUGCAGAGGCGGCAAGAGUCAAACAAAGAAUAAAAACCAAAGUACCGCAAAAACCAAAACCCUGCACCCGUAACGAUGCGCAGCAUUUGGCGAAUAAACGCUUGAUUGCAAGCGGCCUGGAACCAAAGACAAAUGGCAUAUCCACAGCAGCAAUGAAACGCCUGAGUGCUGAGCUUUCACACAAACGGCACAAGUUGAAGCAGAAAUAUCCAAAUUUCUAUGCAACGCGCAACAAAAUCAAAAAACUUGUCGACAAGCUUUGCUCUACAAAACUACCUGCCCCUGUCGAAGAUAUGCUUAAGCACGCCAAACCAAUUAAGCCAAAAGAAACAUACGUUGUUCAGCGUCGUGGACACGAAGACGUACAACUUCCCUCGGAUGUUGAAGGGUUUGAAGACCUGGAGGUCACUUCUACACCAAUACAAACACCACAAAGGUUGUGUGAAAGCAAUGUAUUUAAGCAACGCUUGGAACGCAUACUGGCAUCACCAAUGCGGCAACCGAGAUUCGACAAUACCAUCUUAAGCGAUCAACAACCAACGACUGUAGAAGUGCAUGCUACGCCUAGAACAGCAGUACCAUUGCCACAAACACGUAAGCGUGUUAUGUUUAGCACACUUGCCCAAAAUGCUGCCGGAAAUGGUGCCAGAAGUGAUACUGAACCUUUGAAGCCAUUGACAAUGGAUUAGUGCAAUUUAGCUCGUUUGA